UACACUGACUUCUCUAUAAAGCUGGCUAGCUGAGGGAGUUGAAGUUACACAGACUGGCCCUUUAAACACACAGAUCUCCUCAGCACACACUUUCUACUUUAGAUCAGCUGAGUUUGACAGGACACUUUAAGGAGACACAUAUAUUUUCAUCCUAUAUUAUUUCUUUCUUUUAUAGAAGAUACUUUGUGGAGACUUUCUCUGUCAUCGGAGGAACUUUUGGAGGAACUUUUCUUCUUCUUGUCGCUGUGAGGGACUCUUCUUCAGAUGGAUCUGUCCGACCUUCCCUUCCCUCUCUCGUCUGCUGAUGACCUUUACGAUGACCCCUGCUUCAGCACCAGUGACAUGAACUUUUUUGAUGACCUGGACUCUCGGCUGAUGCACGCUGGCCUGCUCAAGCCAGAUGACCAUGUCCAUCACCAUCAUCACCACCAUGUCCCAGUUGCAGAGGAGGAGGAGGAGGAGGAGGACGAGCAUGUGAGGGCUCCUGGGGGCCCCCAUCAGGCGGGGCACUGCCUGCUUUGGGCCUGCAAGGCCUGCAAGAGAAAGACGUCAAACGAAGACCGGAGGAAAGCAGCAACAAUGCGGGAAAGGCGGCGACUGGGAAAGGUCAACAACGCCUUUGAGACCCUGAAGCGAUGCACGGCGUCCAAUCCAAACCAGAGGCUGCCCAAAGUGGACAUCCUGCGCAAUGCUAUCAGCUACAUCGAGUCCCUGCAGUCGCUGCUCAGGACCGGCAGGGAGGACAGCUUCUACCCGCCCAUGGAGCACUACAGCGGGGACUCAGACGCCUCCAGCCCGCGCUCCAACUGCUCCGAUGGCAUGACGGAUGUCAUCUCUCCGUGUUCAUCCAGAAGCGAGAACAGUGAUGGUUCCUACUGCAGCCACCCAGACGAUUCCAGCAGCAAACCAUCGCUCAUUUCCAGUUUGGACUGUUUGUCCAGCAUCGUACAGCGGAUCAGCACAGAUCCUGCUCCGGCCCCACCAGGCGACAGUGUGGUCCCCCGGGGCCCUGAAUCCCCUCAGAGCAGCCCUGCAGGCUCGAGUUCCUCUGCUGAGCCCAACAGCAUCUACGAGCCGCAAUGAACCACAACGAGCUGAGGACUCAUCAUUUGCAGAAAGCCAAGACAACGUAUUCAAGACUUUUUUUCUGCUAUUUGAGAUUUUCUUCAGUUUUAUCUACGUGGACAAACUGAAGACUGCUGUUUGAAUCUAUUAAUCUCAGAAGGAAAAAGGGACAUUUUCCUCACUUAUUCCUGCGUCAGAAAUUAUGGACCAUUUUAUAAAUCUGUAUAUAAGAGAUGUUUAUACACCCAAGGACACACACCUCCAAGCACACAUGUGGCACAUACACUCAUACAGCCACAAAGGUUGCAGCGAUUGUUGUGUUUCUAUAUAUUAUUUAUGAGUGAAUGACAUUUUAAUAAAAUUAAUAUUUAUAUUCUGUAAAACUA